CGGCACGCGCCAUACAACCACUCACGUUAUGUUCAAUUAAUUGAAUGUAAAGUUUGUUAAUACGAAUUAAUUUAAAAACUAUAUUAAAAGUGUAUAACAUAAAUUUUAUAGCAUUUUAAACUUUUUAAAGAUAUAUUUUAAUUCUUAACUACUAACGGAAUAUUGUUAUAAAAUAUAAUGAGUUCGCGAACUGAAUCAGAAAGUUAUCACUAUUCACGAUAGCUGUUCUUGUGACUUUAAAUAACUAUUUUAAAACAUUUUAAUAAUAAGUAAAAGCAGCAUUCGCAAAUUAGACAAAGCGCCCUAUAUCCAAGCAUGACAGUUACCAAUAGUUUGAGGAUCUCUACUUUGGCGAUAUUUAUUACAGCAUGUCACAGCAUACAGAUGUCCCCACCGACGACAACGACAACUCUGCCUACACCGUCGAUGGUGACCGCUUUCACCACGAGAGUGAUGAGCGAAAACAUGCCAACAGUGGUGCCGGUGAUGUGCGCAGACGCCACCAGCACUUCCAGCCCCCUCGGCAAGCUCCGGAGCGCUAUGAGGAACAAGAGCUACACACAAAUGAACAUUUUCUUUGACGCCUUCCUUAUUUUCUACAGUGAUGAACAUUUGAGCGAAGAGCCAUCACCGGAGGAGCGUCGGCUAGAGUACUUCAGUGGGUGGGACGGCGCCGGGACCGCAGCGGUACUGAGCGACGGCGGCGCCGCCGUGUGGGUGUCCAGCGGGGACCUGCGGCGGGCGCGCGCCACGCUCUCCUGCGCCUGGGAGGUGCUCGACGGGGACGAUGUGAACCAACCCACCAUUCCGGAAUGGAUCGCAGAACGUCUCGGCCGUUCUGGUCGCAUCGGAGCGGACGCGCGGUUAACAUCCGUCAAAGAGUGGCAGGCACUAUCGACAGACCUGCAGCAAGUAGGUCUACAGUUGAUCCACACGCCCACUAUGCUAGACCAACUGUGGAACGAGGAACUAGACCCCGCGCGUAGACGUCCCGACUUCUCCAAGAUCGUUGCUGUGCUACAUAACACCGAUUAUACAGGAGUGACAUGGCGAGAUAAAGUGUCUACGGUUCGUAACGAGCUGCGUGCUAUCGGAGCUGAUGCUAUGGUGGUGACGUCACUGGAUGAGGUUGCGUGGCUUCUUAACAUACGAGGAAAGGACUUACCAUACGCUCCACUCCUGAAAGCUUUCGUAAUAGUUAGUACGAGAGACGUAAGGGUGUACGCCCCGCCUGGAAAAUUGUCCAUGCCCGUCCGGGAAGCUCUGGCGGUUUAUAAUUGUUUCAACAAUAAUUGUACAAGGGUGAACGAUUAUAACAACAUAUACUCGGACUUGCGAAGAGCCUCCGAGAACAAAAUCUUGAUACCAGCGGCGGGCACCUUCCAGCGCGGUGCUUCCGCCGCCAUUGCACAAAGUGUCCCUCAAGCCAAACGUGUGUUCCUAUUGUCACCGAUAAUCUACCUGAAGGCACAGAAGAAUGAAGCUGAAAGCAAUGGUAUGACGAAGGCACAUUUGCGAGACGCUGUCGCUAUGUGCACGUUACUCAGCUACCUCGAGGGUCGACGUGGUACAUCACAAUCCGAGAUGUCGAUCUCCAAGACUGUAGAAGUGACGCGUGAGACGCAGGCGGGCUUCGUUGGCCUGUCUAUGAAGACUCGCGUCGCGUUCGGUCCUAACGGGGCGGACCCUUACUAUGUCCCCACUAUACUCACCAAUAGACGUGUAUUUCCUAACUCCACGUUGAUUAUACGCUCCGGAGGACAAUAUGAUGAGGGUACAACAGUAGUGACCCGCACCCUACACUACGGAAAGCCGUCGAGGGACGAGAGCAAAGCGUACACGACGGUGCUGCGGUCGCUGGCCGCGCUGUCGACGCUGCAGCCGCCGGCGUCGCUGCCGGCCGCGCACGCCGACCCCGCCGCCCGGGCGCCGCUGUGGGCGCACCGCCAGGACUACCCACACCCCACCGGGCACGGCGUCGGCGCCGCGCUCAACCGCCACGAGGAUCCAGUGGUUAUAGAUUAUAGGCAGGAUGUCAUCCUACACCCAUUCCGAGAAGGAUAUUAUAUUACUGUCGAACCUGGCUGGUACGAAGGAAUGAAGUUCGGAGUGCAGUUAGGCAACGUCCUAGAGGUGAUAUCUAAACCCAGCGGAUAUAUUGGGUUCCGUGAAGCGACAUUGAUACCAUUCGAACCGAAACUUAUCGACAAAAACAUGUUAACGGAUUAUGAGAUAAACUGGUUGAACGCGUACAACGACCGGAUAAGGAAAGUGGUGGGGCCGGAGCUGAAGGCGCAAGGUCUGACUGACGUCUACUACUGGAUGUCCAAUAAGACCGUACCCAUGCAGCUGCCUUCCAAAUUUAAGAAAAUGAACACCAAUUCCGCCACGACCAAUAGUUGUAAACAAAUAUUCACAACUGUCAUAGUGAUUAUAUUCGCUAAUUGUUUUAUUUAAAUUUAAAUCUGGCUUUUUUUAAACUUUAACGCUGGAUGAAUCCUUAUAUCACUGUAACUGAUAAAAUUAAUUUCUUAAUGAUAUAUAUUUUGGAUGCCUAUAUACAUAUGUAACGAAAAAAAAUAACAA